AUGGUUGGACCAUUCUCGGCGCGCGGUCUCUCGGACGGCGUCAUGACGACAGCGCUCAGUGCGGCGGCGAUGUCCGCCUUCGACGCCCCGUCGGCGGGCAAGCCUGCGACCUCGGACGACGACGAGGGCGACGUCAGCACUGUGGACGUCUGCUCCCGGCGGGCGUCCUCGGAGAGCGAGGCGGAAGCGUCGUGGGCGCUCUCCCCGAUGCUGGGCCCGGGGGCCAGCGAUGGCUGCCCAGCCGAGGAGAGGAGCAGAGGCCCGAGACGCCGGGCAGGCGGGCCCGCCCCGCCCUGGAGGCGGUGCUCGCGGCGCUGCCGCACUUCGAGUGUUCCCUCCCCUCCUGGGAGGACGACAGCGACGACGAGGACAUCGUGCUCCGCGUCGGCCAGCUCGCGCGCCGCCUCGCCCUCGGCUGCGGGGCGGACGAGUGCCCGGCACGCAAGUGACCUGGGCAGCAGGAGCGCCGUGCGCGUGCGCGGACGCCGGCGGGAUCUUCUCAGCGAGCUCUGUGCUCCUGGGCACCUGGCGUAG